AGCAACACAGGACCACACACAGUAUCACUGAGUCAGUAGACAUGGAGGAUGGGAAGCCUGAUCUGCUGCUAGUCAAAGAGGAGACAAUAGAAGAUGGACCAGAGAGUAUUGACCUGCUGAGUGGACUAAAGAUGGGGGAGCAAGGUGGUUGGCUGGAGGCUAACAGAGGAGACUGGGUGGCCAUCUUGGAUUCCCAGACCCAGACGGGUGCAACCAAGGGCCCAGGGGACAAUGUCACUGAGCAGGCCGGGACUAGAGGCGACAUAGUUGAGGUCAGUGGAUGGGACAGCGUCCUCAACUAUGGGCUGGGGAACAACACUGUUAACCACAACCAGAAACAAACAGUCGAACACAAAACAACAACUGAACUUAGUCUCCAUGACAACAGACUGGCUGAGACCAGAGCGAGGCGUAGAUUUGGUCUGCGGGGACGGGGAGGUGUCCGUAUGAGAACAGACGCUGACUCGGCUAGCAAUGCUCCGUCCUGCUCCUAUAGUUGUGAUUCAGAGAGACUGAUGGUGCCUCAGGUUAACCCCCUAACAGGUGCUGCCUUCAGCCUGCCUUCUAUAGGAUCUAUCAACUGGAACAUGGACCCUGCGAUAACUCAGACACUACCUGGCCUUCAUUCUCCUCACACAAUCCUGUUAAACCAGACCUCAGACAAUGCCAGUGCCUCAACACUAAAUGGCUACACAAGCCCAUUGACAAAUGACAGUAGUAGUAACGCUAUCAGUAGAUCCGGUGGCAGAGAGAAGCGCUUCCCAUGUUCAUUCUGUGGGAAAGCCUUCAGUUUCCCCAAACAGAUGGAGAUCCACCAGAGGAUGCACACAGGGGAGAAACCAUUCGGCUGCCACCUGUGCCGGGCUAGUUUCUCCCAAUCGUCCAACCUGAAGAGGCACCAGAGGGUCCACACAGGGGAGAAACCCUACAGCUGUCCCCAGUGUGAGAAGAGGUUCUCACGCCAGCACGAUCUGAAGAUGCACCUGAAGGUCCACACUUGAGAGAGGCCGUUCACCUGUACACACUGCGGGGAAUGUUUCUCAGAGGAGCUACCUCAGGAUACACCAGCAGAGAAUGCACAUGGCCCACGAAUACUGUAUACCCACUGGGUACACCAUGUCAUUUCAGCAUGGAUAAUUGGGUAAUUUUUGGUAGAUACGUUGAUCAAUGAGAUUCCAACCUAUUUUCACCCACUCAAAAUGACUGCUAAAAGUUUGUUGAAUUCCCAAUGUUAUCACUAUGCUUUCAACCAUCUAAAAGUCAAACCAAAUUGUGUCAGAUUUUUGGUUCAGUUUUCACCUAUGUGUUAUCACUGCUCUUUCAACCUUUGAAAAUCACACUAAAGUUAAAAUGGGAAUACAUUGUCAGAUAUUUUGUUUAUUUAUACAAUAACUUAAUGUGUUAUGACUGUGAUUGAUCUAAUAGCACAACCAAAUGACUUGGAGUGUCUGACAACUUAAGAUGUUGCCCACCGCGUUCAGCCAAGUGUGUGCAACAUCCUAAGGUGUCGGAAAAUAGUGGUGGAAAAUGUUGUUUUAUUACAACAGUACACAUAUUUUUCAUUCCCCCCCCCCCCCCCCCCCCCCCCACUGCUGACCAUUUAAAGCUAGUUAAGGAGAAAAAUGAAGCCUUUGCAGCCUGAAUAGAGGAUGCUUUAUGUACAAGCUGGUCCACGGGGAAACUAGUGUAUUAUUGGGAAUGCACAUCAAUCCUAGACGAUAGUGCAGAUCUAGCGGCCACUAUUGGCUGGCUGUCCUGUAGUGGUGCACUAUAGUGGUGCAAUUGCCCUCAUACUUGAGACACUGGCGAUCUCAUAAAACAACUAUCUUAACUUGAAAUUGGUGAUGACUAUUUGGAUAUCUCUCUUAGCAACCUAGAUGUUGUUUCAGCAAUAAGGCAUGAGAACCCCGGGAUUAUCGUGUGAUAACUCCCGACUAAGGGCUAUUCUUAUGCCCAAGACGAAGCCAAGGGCCGGGGAAACAGCCCUUAGGAGGGAGUUAUCACACAAUAAUUCCCGGGUUCUCAUGCCUUAUUUCUUUUAUAAAACAUUUGGCAACAUAUGUAUAUAUUUUGUAAAUAGAUCUAAAUCAAAUAAUGCAUUUUAAAUAGUUUGAUUUAAUCUUAUUCUUAAACUUUUAUUUUUGGUUGAUGUGAAUCCAACAUUUAUUAUGAAUUUAUAGAUUCCAUUUGAAACCAACCGAAGCUUGAAAACUCUAGGCCUAUAUGUAUUGUCUAUUUUUAGUUUAAAACUGGGCUGAAUUGAAACAAUAGCCAUUGAUGACUUUCCAAAUGCUAUAUUAGAGACCUACAGUAAAUAGCAUCAUUGACGAUAUGAUUGAUGAAGUAUGGUUACAUUUCAUUUGCUCUGUUAAACCUACCCUUUAGAAUGACUUCAAUAGUAACAGUGAAUCUAUUAAGUGGACAUUUCUCAACAAUCAUUCUAACAAUAGCACAUUGGUAAUAGUCAAUGACGAAUAUCAAAGCUAAGCAGAGCUUGUAGAUAGAUCAAAUGUCUAGCCUAUUUUUUUCUUAAAGUGGAUAUUACUUUGAAGAUGACGUUGUUUCAAAGGUAAAAAUAAAAAAGAUUAUACCUUUUUUCAAAUGCAAAGUAUUUUUCACAUAGAUUCCACCUCACAAUACGUUGACAAAUGACGUUGAAACAACGUUGAUUUAACCAGUUUGUGCCCAGUGGGUCGUGAGGUGUAAUAUAGUACUAGUUAGUUUGUUUGUAGUUCAUUCUGUUGGUAUUGGAUGCAGUAGGGAACUGGAUGAGGUGAACUGAGGAAAGAAUGAGUAUGAUGAGGCAGAGUAGAUGAAAUGGUGAUGGUUGGUGUGAUGGUGUCUGUAAAAAUGAUUCACUGAUAAAGAGUGAAACUGGGCCUUUAGGUUGAUACUGGUGUUUUAUAGUGAGGAAAUGAUAGUGCCUUAAUUCAUGUUUACUUGACAUGAAGCUGUGUAAUGUAAUGUUGAACCUUUAACUAAGUAUUCUAAAAUUAAUUUGAUCAAAGCGAGGGUACCAGAUUUACAGAAAUGGUCAAGUGUUACCAUAGUGAGAAGUUAUUCUACUUGUCACGUAUCGUUUUGAACAAUAAAAAUGAUUCCAAUGCCAUUUUGUUUAAAUUAAAUACUACAUUGAUUCUGCUGA